UUCUAGAUGGAAAGAGACAAGAAUCAUAACUACAAUUAUUGUUUUCAUCACAGUCUAGAUGUACCCUUUGCAGUGCAGAAAUUGAGAACGGGCCUUUAAUCCCUAAUCAUGCUCUUAGAGCAGCCGCUGCAGCAGUGAAACAUGAGGAUGAUCGAAGGCUAUUUCAUAAUGCUACUCUGCGGAAGCGUCGGAAAGAAAUGGGUGACCAUACAGAUCCAUUGAGAAGAUCGAACAGGGAAAAUGGAGAUGUUACUGCUGAUGAUGGGCUCCAUCGGGGGGUGCAAUAUCCAUUUUCAGUAAACGAGAAAGUGGUUAUUAAGGGAAACAGGAGGACACCAGAAAAAUUUGUUGGGAAGGAAGCAGUCAUCACAUCACAAUGUCUCAAUGGCUGGUACUUGCUUAGGAUUAUUGGAACUGGAGAGAAUGUCCGCCUGCAGUACCGUUCUCUUAGGAAGAUAUUGAGUACAGCAGCAAUUGAUGACAGAUGUCCACCACAGCAGAUUCAGAACAGUAGCUGAUAAAUUAAAUUUCUUUUAGUACUAGAUACUCAAACCUUAAACCUUGAUAGUGCAUAAUUAAAAAUCUCACCUUUUUCGGCUCCUACCAGGUAUACGAGUUCUUACUAGUUAUUGUAAUUGAAUGUAGUUUCUAUGUAGCCAGAAAAGAGGUAGUCUGUUUGAAUGCUAGAGUUCCUGAUACCUGUCAAAAGCUUGUAAAUUAUGAAAAGAAAAAAGAUGACUUAGGUAGUGUUUGAAUUUUAGCUCAAAAUGAAUAUGAAAAUUAUUUUUUGCCAAGUGAACUUUCGAGUUUAGAAUGUUACUACCCCCACAGUUAGAUUAUGUUUAA